AUGUCCAUGAGGUUCCACAGAUCAGUCCCAAUCCUCUCAAUCUUCUACAAACAAUCCGCCCCCACAACAACCCCCCUCCUCGCCCUCCUCCACCGCGCCAACCCCUCCCCCGAAACCAACCCCCGCUUCGAACUCGAAACAAACGAACACCCACCAACCCACUCCCAGCUCUCCACAAUCCUUUCCUACCUUGGUCCCAAUAAUGCGUCCCAAGUGAUUGAAGGCGCGAAGAGUGUAAGUGAGGCGAUUGCGGAGUUUGAGAGGGAUCCGGAGAAGUUUAGGAGGCCGGUGUUGGUUGAUUGGGAUAAGGGACGGGUGUUGGCUGGGUUGGGGGAUGGGGAGGAGGCGUUGAAGAAGGCGCAGGAGUUUGUGAAUAAGGUCUGA